CUUUUCAGUGUUAUAACAAGAGCGCUACAGUAAACCCUUUCUGAAGAGAGUCUUUUAAACAAAUUGAUUUCGCCAUAAAAUGGCAUCCUCGGUGAUUCUUUUGCUUGCUUUUGUCGUCUCGACACAGGCAUUCUACUUUGGACCUGGGGGAUUCUACCCUCAAAGUUACGCCGCCGCUUCUGCCGGAUUGCCUCUGCCGUACCAACAAUACCAAAAUUACGAACCCCAACCAUACCAAAAUUACGAACCUUGGAAUCCGUUUAAAAUUUUCGAGAAUUUCCCAUUCAUGAAUUUCAGACCUUUCCCCGCAGGUGGGUUCCAAAUUCCCACCCCAGCUGAUGUAGCAUCCAUGGUUCCCGGUCCAAAUCAAAACUUUAACGGUAUGACGGUAUCGUCAACCAGUUUUUAUACAAAGGAUAAAGAUGGAAACCUGGUGAAGGAUGGUGGUACUACAAUACUGAUCAAUGACAACGGCAACAUACAUCAUAUGUCACUUGGAAAGAAUCCUCCUGGUGUGGAUGGAAAAAUUCCGCCGAUUGUCUUACGACAGAUGAAUAUACCUGAGUUUGUAAUGCCUCCAAUGCCUGAGAUGCUUGAAAUGCCACAAAUGCCCGAGUUUCCAUCAUUCUUCCCCGCAAUACAACCAAUUCCUCCAACUAAGCCUACUCCACCGACGGAACCUGUUCUUCCUGUAAAACCAAUAAACACUCUCGAAGUAAAACCAAUCAACUUUGAAAAAAUCAAAAACGCAAAACCAGGUGCCAAUGAAAAUAUACAAAUAGUGACGUCAUCCAGCCAUUCCCAGUAUUCAGACGUUGAUGGAGUUCAAAAGAGCAGAGGUGGUGCUCAUAGUAUGGUGAACAUCAAUGGAAAUGUCAGGCAAGAGACAGUAGAAUUCAAUAAUAUUCCUGAAGGUGGAAAACCAAGGGGAGAUAAGAAUCCCAGUGGUGAUCAAAGACCAGAGAAGUUAACUAAGGGUAUAAAACUCGUUAAACAUUCAAAAUCAAGUAAAAGUGCAACAGCAAAUGACAUCAAUCCCGACAUAAAACCUAAACAGGACUUCAAUACAAAUGUGGUCCAAAAUAAAAACUAAUUAUAAAAAGUCAGGCAAACAGAUACAGUAGAAGCCAAGUCAGGAAAAAGACAAUAAUGAAAAUUGAUAGAAUACAGGAACCUC